AUGUCGAAGGUCGCCGCUGAGGCCCCGGCGCCUGCCGCCAAGAGCGGUGUGUGGAACCGCAACGAGAAACAGACCGACGUACGCAAGCAGAACAUCAUUGCUGCACGAGCCGUCGCCGACAUGAUCCGCACCUCCAUGGGCCCGAGGGGCAUGGACAAGAUGAUCCAGGACGGCAAGGCCGGUGUUGUUGUUACCAAUGACGGAGCUACGAUACUGAAGGAGCUCCGUUUGGCUCACCCGACGGCCAAAAUGAUGGUUGAGCUGAGCAAGUCACAGGAUGUGGAGGCCGGUGACGGCACCACCACCGUCAUCGUCGUCUGCGGAGCUCUGCUCGAGAUGGCUGACAACCUGCUGAAUCAGGGUAUUCACCCGCAGACGGUAGCUAACAGCUUCAAGAUGGCUGUGGAGAAGUGCGAAGAGCUGAUGGAAGAGAUCGCCCAGCCCAUCAGCCUGGACGACAAGGACACUCUGACCAACAUCGCUGCCAUCUCUCUUCACUCGAAGGUGGUAUCUACUAACGCCUCCCUGCUGGCCCCAAUUGCCGUGGACAGUGUGCUGGCAGUUAUGGACGAGAAGGACUCGACCAACGUCGACCUCAACAACAUCCGCGUGGUCAAGAGCAUCGGUGGCACCGUCGAGGACACUGAAAUGGUCAACGGUCUCGUGCUUACACAGCAGAAGAUCAUUCGCGUCGCAAGCGGACCCACACGCGUGGCGAACGCUAAGGUCGGACUCAUUCAAUUCUGCCUCUCACCGCCAAAGACCGACAUGGAGAACACCGUGGUCGUCAAGGACUACCAGUCGAUCGACCGUAUCAUGCGCGAGGAAAGGCUCAUCACCGCACGUAUGGUCAAGCAGAUUGCAGCGACCGGUUGCAACGUUCUGCUCAUCCAGAAAUCCAUUUUGAGGGACGCCGUCACCGACCUGUCUCUCGACUACUUGGCCAAGGCCAAAAUCAUGGUCAUCAAGGACAUCGAGCGCGAGGACAUCGAGUUCAUCACCCGCGCCAUAGGAUGCGAAGAGGUUGCGAGCCUCGACCACUUCACCAAGGAAAAGUUAGGAACGGCAGAACUUGUCGAGUCGGAGUUCGAGGGCGGCCAGCAGAUCGUCAAGAUCACCGGCGUCAACAUGAAGAAAACUGCCUCAGUCCUCGUUCGCGCGUCCAACAGCUUGAUGUUAGACGAGGCUGAACGUUCGCUACACGACGCCCUUUGUGUCGUGAGGUGUCUCGUAAAGAAGCGUGCCAUCGUAGCCGGUGGUGGCGCCACGGAGAUGGCACUCUCCAACAGGCUCGGCGCCUGGGCCCGCACGCUGUAUGGCGUGGAGCAGGUCUGCAUCAAGGCAUUCGCAGAGGCGCUUGAGGUGGUGCCGUACACCCUCGCGGAGAACGCGGGUCUGCACCCACUCAAGGUCAUCACCGAGCUGCGCAACAGGCACCUCGAGAAGGACGGCGCACAGUUCGGGAUAAACUCUAAGAAGGGAGCGGUGUCCAACAUGAUGGAAGACAAGGUGAUCCAGCCCAUGUUGGUGACCCUCUCCGCGCUCAAGCUGGCCACUGAGACCGUCAUGAUGAUCCUUAAAAUUGACGACAUUGUGCUCUGCCGCUAA